CUCCUCUCCCCUGUGCGAGCGCUCGGGCUAGAGACCGGCUGACUGCGGGGAUCGGCGCUGCUCUGAGUAGGAUGGCUCAGGCGGGGAGAUUCCUGGCCUGGCUGCUGCUGGUGGUCCUGGGCCUGCUGGGCUGUGGAUGCCGAGCGGAGCGGGACUGCAGAGUGAGCAACAUCAGAGUCCAAGAGAACUUCGACAAGGCUCGUUAUAGUGGCACCUGGUAUGCCAUGGCCAAAAAAGACCCUGAGGGACUGUUCCUGCAGGACAACGUGGUAGCCCACUUCACCAUAGAGGAGAAUGGACAAAUGAAAGCCUUCGCCAACGGCAGAGUCCAGCUGUUCAAUAACUGGGAUGUUUGUGCUAACAUGCUUGGCUUCUUCACUGACACUGAGGAUCCUGCCAAGUUCAAGAUGAACUACUGGGGUGUUGCCUCUUUUCUCCAGAAGGGAAAUGAUGAUCACUGGGUAGUGGACACAGAUUAUGACACUUAUGCACUUCAUUACUCCUGCCGCCAACUAAAUGAUGAUGGUACCUGUGCUGAUAGUUACUCCUUUGUGUUCUCCCGGGACCCGAAGGGAUUGCCACCUGAGGCACAGAAAAUUGUCAGGCAAAGGCAGGUCGACCUCUGCUUGGACAGAAAAUACAGAGUUAUUGUCCAUAAUGGAUUCUGCUCUUAAGGAGUUUUGAAACUAUGGAAGCAAAUGAUGUAACAUCAAUAUGGAUGUAAAGUUUACAAAUUGACUGUUUUGUUGUAGAUCUUUAAAGCAGCUUCAUUCAAACUUCAAAUAUAUUUAUCUGAGCUCUGAAGCUCACCCUGUCAAUAAACCAAUGAAACUUUUAAUAAACAUGGAUAACAGGGAAUGCAUAUUGUAUAAAUAUAAAAAGAUUAUUGUUUUGUUGGCAAAAAUACUAUUUUACUGCAACGCUUAAAAAUAGGAAUCCAGAUGGUGGCACUUAUGUAUGUAAUCUUUCAUUUUUUUGUUAUUGGUUUUUGACUUUGUCUAGUAACCUUGCAGGCAAAUUUUUAAAAAAAUCCCUAAUAUCUAAUUUUAAAAUGCCUAAGUCCUCUUGACUUAUUGUGGCUUCUUUAUU